AUGGACAAUUUGCUAGUCCUCUCUGUCUCUUUUCUUCUCUUUUCAUCUGUGUAUGCAAAAAAUGAUUGCCCUGGGGUUUCCAUUUGUGGAAAUAAUCCUUUUGAAAUACGAUUUCCUUUUGGAUUAGAAAGGCCACAAAAUCAGCACUGUACAUAUAAUACUGGUUUCAAUCUAAAAUGCAAUAACCAAGGGAAAGCAAUUAUAAAUCUUCCAGGUGCAGGGGAUUUCUAUGUACGCGAUAUCAACUACCUCACGCAACAAAUUCAACUCUACGAUCCAUAUGAUUGCCUUCCAAAACGGCUUACUAAAUUUCAACUUCCUUCUUCUUCUGUCUUCAAGCCAGUUUACUAUCGAGACUAUACUUUCUUGACUUGUUCGACAGAUUUGAUCAAGUCGUAUUACAGUGUACAUAUUAUUGGUUGUAUGAGUAAUUCUACUAGCUCAACUUUGGCUACUUCUUACGGGGGUUUUGUUUUAUCAACAAUAGAGAGUUUGUAUAGCUGCAGUGUAACAAGCACUGUGUCUCUUCCUGUCUCGUGGACUUAUAAUGAAGAGGACGUUUUCACAAGUAAGCUUAAUAAUGAUCUCGUGUUAACAUGGCCUGAAACAGGUAGUACAAAAGCUAUAAAAAUUUUCCGAAUUGUUGCACUAUCCUUAGUGAUACCUGCUCUCAUGUGUUCAUUGGUUUUGACAUGUUACAUAUGCUAUAAGAAAAGUCAAGAGGCGGCUGCUCUCCCGAACACUAGUGUCGGGGGAGCAGCCGUAGUGCCACGACCGGAAAUGAUUAUCGGUCUAGACGAUUUGACGAUCGAAUCGUACACAAAAGUUGUCGUAGGAGAAAGUCGGAGAAUUCCAGGGCCAAAUCAUGGAAUUUGUCCAAUAUGUUUGGCAGAGUACCAUCCAAAAGAGACAGUGAGAUGCAUACCUGAAUGUGAACAUUGUUUUCAUGCUGAAUGCAUUGAUGAAUGGUUAAAGAUUAAGGGUACUUGUCCUGUUUGCAGAAGUAAUCCUUCCCCUGUUCAUCUUAAUUUUUCAUAA